CAUUCACAUUUUAAGUGUCAGAGGUUGAAUUAGAAAAACUACCGGACUGAAUUUCCCUUUUCUUCCUGAUGUGUAAAAAUGUGAAUGUCCUUUGAACCCGUGCCGCAUCACUUUAAAUACUGAUUUUUGCGGUCGGGAUAAAUUUCUUCAAAUUACCACUGGUUCCACUGAUUUAUCUUCAUUAACAAUUUUCAAUAGUCUCAUAUUUUAGAAAAAUGUCAGGAAAAAAUAAUGUUGAAAAAGUGUCUGUGAUUGACAAUCAUGUCACCAAGCAGUAUGAUAUUCUCAAACGUCUAGGCAAAGGGGCAUACGGAAUUGUGUGGAAAGCUGUUGACAAAAAAACGAAAGAAACAGUUGCGGUGAAAAAAAUUUUCGACGCAUUUAGAAAUCAGACUGAUGCUCAAAGAACAUUUCGAGAAAUUGUAUUUUUACUGUCCUUCUCCAAUCAUGAGAACAUUAUUCAAUUGAUUGGCCUACACAAAGCAAAUAAUGACAGAGAUAUUUAUUUAGUCUUUGAAUUUAUGGAAACGGAUUUGCAUAAUGUGAUAAAGAAAGGAAAUAUUUUAGGCGAAAUUCAUAAGGUUUUUAUAAUGUACCAAUUACUUAAGGCAAUUAAAUAUAUUCAUUCAGGAAAUGUUAUUCAUCGAGAUUUAAAACCGUCCAAUAUAUUACUAAAUACACAAUGUCAUUGCAAAAUUGCUGAUUUUGGAUUGGCCCGUUCCGUGACACAAAUCGGUGAUGGUGACGGUGAAACCGGAAGCGAUCCAACCUUAACAGAUUAUGUUGCCACCCGAUGGUACAGAGCUCCUGAAAUAUUGAUCGCUUCAAAAAGGUACACGAAAGGAAUCGACAUGUGGUCUUUAGGAUGUAUUCUUGGUGAAAUGCAGCUUGGAAAACCUCUUUUUCCAGGAUCAUCGACAAUUAAUCAAGUUGAAAGAAUCAUGGCUACUUUACCACCCCCAACUGAAGAAGAUUUGUUAUCAGUUUGUGCUGGUUAUGGAUCUAAUCUGUUGGAUAAAACACCAGCGGGACCGCGUCGUAGUCUGGAGGAACUUUUGCCUAAUGUUUCUGAAGAUGCCUUGAAUCUCAUUAACAAUUUAAUUGUAUUUAAUCCAAAUUACAGACUCACAGCUGUAAAAGCUCUUGAACAUCCCUACGUGUCAGCGUUUCAUAUUCGUGGCGAUGAGCCUGAAAGAGGUUCGAGUGUAAUUCCUCUUUUGAGAGAUGAUGUACAAUUAUCCGUUGAAGAGUAUCGAAAUCAAUUAUACGCAAUGAUGGAUGAAAAGCACAAAAAACAUAAAAACAUGUCAAAAUCUCGAAUUCGACGGCUCUCGGAACACAUCAGGAAGGAGACCAGUGUUGGUCAAGGGGACUCUCUUUCUCAUAAAAAGAGUUUCUAUUCGUCUUGUGAUGACUUAAUGAAGCAAAGGAGCAAAAGCGAGGGUUACAAGCAUUCGGAUGCUGAAAAUUUGGCGCGAAGUGAGCUGCCUGUAAAAAAGACAAUCGGAUCCGCUUAUUCAAAUAGUCUGGGGCGUAGCAAUAAAAAUCAAAUAAGCAUGAUGGGCGAUAAAGUAACACAAAAAAAUGGAAAAAAUGUAGCAGCGCAAUAUGCCUACAAUUUGAUGAGUAGCAAUUUUAAAAAAAUGCCUCCCGGUCAAGCAAAAAGUUGCCUCUAUCUCUCUCAACAACAGUCGAUAACCAAGUCUCAAAGGUCAAUUCAGUCCGAUCAAAUGGUGGUUUGCAAUAUCGGCAAUAGGUCUGGAGUAGUCGGUGCAACACAACCAAAAUUACGAAGGGGUGUAAAAUCACAGAUUGCACAGAGGACAUCUCAAAAUGUCAAACUUGUGAACAACAAUCAUUACAGAGUAAUUUUACCGAAGCGUCAAAAUCAAGAGACUCCAAAGGUUCAGACAAAGUAUGCAACAAAAAUUCCUAACAAUGUAACAAAACACUUUAUCACAACAAAUUGUGGUGAUCAAUCGCCAAUUAAUUGUGAUCCAUUCACUCAGAAUCAUGUAAUUGAACGGUAUUUGACCCAAAGUUUCCCGACUGCUUCCCUAAAGAAUCGUGCAACCACCUAUCAAUUGCGUAACUUUAGUCAGAAUCCAAUCUACAUUUCUGAUUCUGAUAAUCAUCGUCAUAAGAGUGCAAUAACUCGUAGUCAAAAUGUAAAAAAUAAUAUACAAAAACCAUCAACAGCCACACAAUGUUCGUUAAGAAGUUUGAAUAGUUUCAGUCAAAAUCAUGGUGUUAUCACUGCAUCGGCAUAUAAAGAUCUGAAAAAUGGAAAUAUCAGAUGGUAGCCCCAAAAGUUUGUAGCUUCUCAGAAAAUCUUUUAAACAUAUUUUGAUAAUUUUAUUUGAGUAACCUAUAUUAAUUCCUACAAGUAACAUCACAUUAUCAGAAUUUUUCAUAAACUAGAUGGAAUUAAAGAUUUGCUCGAGAAGCUAAAACUGAAUGUUUGUAUAGUAUUUAAAUUUCACGUCAUAAUUAAGAUAAUCACUCAAAAGCAAUCGCCCGACUGAUUACAGGUUGAAUUAUUUAUAAGUUCCUUCUCACAUAAUCUACUGAGCAUUCUUCAAAAAAAAAUUCCUAUUUGUAUUUUUUCUUUUCAUAAAAUUUUCUAAAUUAUUUACACUAUUUUUAUACAGUUUUUUAUAUAUAAAAAAAAAAAUUAGAAACAGCACGGGUAAAACCAGAGAAAAUUCUCCCUAUAAAUAAUUAAAAUAAUAAACCGAAUGUUUUAUGUAAAAGUUGAGAAAUACUUGAGAAAAAAUUUAAUUAAAAAAUUUUUCUUUAAUGAUAAACAAUUUUUAUUAAAAAAGUAGAAUGCUCACGUACUCUAGUUUACUAAGUCAAUAAUUCAACCUUGUUAAUGUAACUGUACAGUUCUAUUUAAAAUGAAAAAAACAAAGAAUGUUUGAAAGUGAUACUUGCACUCUGAAAGCUUCAUUUUUGUAAAUUAAACAUUUCUGCCUCGUGAAAAAAUUAAAAAUUUAAUAAUAACGCGUAUGUACAAAUUUUAUUGUAAAUUUACAAUUCCCAUCGACGUUUUGUGUGACG